GUCUAAAGAAAAUUCCAGUAAAUCAUUACUUAGACACUCUGAACUGCAAGGGUUCUAAAAUCAAAUAUAUGUGUUCGAUAACUUUAUCCCCUUUACGACGCGAUUUUGAAUUUCAAGUAAAUUGUCUCGUAUUAGACGAGAUCGAACAGCAAAUGCCUUCAGAGCCUAUUGAAGUGCAACAUUUAAAAAUUCCGAAACAUUUACCGUUAGCAGACCCUUCAUUUCACAUGCCUGGCAGGAUCGAUAUGCUGAUCGGGGGUGAAUGGUUUUGGAGACUACUAUGUAUAGGGCAAAUCGAAAUCAAUAAGCAAGGUUUAGUUUUACAAAAAACUAAAUUAGGUUGGAUAGUAGGCGGCCCGACCUACUCACAGAUUCCUAAAUCUAUAAAAUGCAAUUUAAGUAAUGUCAAAUCACCUAGCAAUAUUGACAUGCAGUUAAGAAAGUUUUGGGAACUUGAAUCAAUUGAUGACAAGGCACCAACAAGCCAAGAUGAAACUAAUUGUGAGCAACACUUUAUUCAAACCUACAAACGUGAUGACAAUGGACGUUUUGUAGUGUCGAUUCCAUUCAAAAUAGAUCCGAAACAAUUAGGAGAAUCGCGAAGUGUCGCGGUACGACGCUUAAUUUCACUAGAAAAACGAUUUCUAAAAGACAAAAACUUUAAGGCGAGUUAUUGCGCGUUCAUGCAGGAAUACGAGGAGCUCGGUCACAUGACUAACAUUCAGGAAACAUCGCAUGAUCGCCCUACCUUUUACAUGCCACAUCACGGUGUUCUCCGGCCGGCCAGUACAUCAACUAAGUUACGCGUAGUGUUUGACGGUUCAAUAAAGUCAGACAAUGGAUUAUCAUUGAAUGAUUGUCAAUCUGUAGGCCCGGUGGUACAAGAAGAACUUUUUUCAAUACUCAUACGUUUCAGACAACACCCAUAUGUUGUAUGUGCCGAUAUACAAAAAAUGUACCGGCAGGUACUCGUUUCUCCUAGCGAUCGUCCGUUGCAACGCAUACUUUGGCGAACGGAUCCAAAGGAAGAGAUGAAAACAUACGAGUUGAACACGUUAACUUAUGGCACGUCGUCCGCAUCUUACUUAGCAAUUCGUUCGCUCAUGCAACUCGCGAAUGAAUGUGAACAAUCUCAGCCUGACGUUGCCAGGAUCAUUCGUUCUAAUUUUUAUGUCGAUGAUUUGUUGACAGGUUUCGAUAACGUUGAAGAAGCAAAGGCAGUCGUUCAAAAAUUGCAUAACGUAUUACUUUCUGGCUGUCUGCCGUUAGCGAAAUGGGCUUCCAACGAACCUUCAAUCAUAUCAAACGUCGUAGACAAAGAAAACAAGCUAUCUACAAUCUCGUUAG